GCCUGUUCUCAGCAGGAGAGUCCACACAAAAGAUAACCUCAACGUCCCGCUGUUUUUAAUAGUUCUUCAGGAUGUGCUAAAAAAAUGUACGGUGGCGCUAUUGCUCUUAAAGGAAUCCAAUAUUUUCGUUCCUUUCUACAGUACAAUCAAAAGUAUAUCCGGGUGGCCUCUAGGGGGCGCUAAGGGGCCAUCAGAGAGAAUAAGCAGAAGGUCUUACCUCCGAGGCAGCCGUGUUUUAUGGCUUGUAGAUCCUUUUGUCUGCUUUCCCGCUGAUCACUCAUUCCUCUCUGAAGAGCUUUGGAAAAGAAGACCCCCACCACCACCCCUGCGCUCCCCUCUUUAUUGAAUCCCGCCUCUGUAUCAUUUAUCUCUGCAGUCCCUGCUCAGGGAGAAGAGGGGGGGGGGCAUCUUCUUUUUCUGUUCUCCAGCUGGGUUUGUUGACACAUUGGCAAUCUUGGUCCUUUUUUUGGGGUUGGGGGGGAGGCCGUGCUACAAUCAACUAACCCCUUUGCUUUUCCCUGAGCAGUAAAGCUGCCACAGCUGUGGACUGUUGCAUAGCUUCUCAGAAGUGAGGGCUGGCUAAAGGUGGGAAGGGGGGGGGGGGGGUCUGCUAAAUAUAUUGCAGCCAUUCACUUUUGUUCAACAGUUGACAGGUUUAAAGCAUUUCACAGCGCCGCUCGAGGGAGAGCGCAGAAGAGUUGAUUCCGUGUUAACGGCUUUCUAAAUAUGGCCUGAGAGGAAUGAGUGUGCUGAGGAAACCAAAGUUCAUCACACGUAAGAUGUUUGGACUUUCUGGGGAUUGAUUUAUGGUGCCAGGAUGAACACGUCCGAGCCCAACGAGGAUAAAAGUUCCCCGCGGCCUGCUGUCGUGAGAAUAACACGCAGCUCCAGAGGUGCUGAGUCUCGGGACUCUGGACUAGGCCAGUAUGGGAAACAGCGCAAGAAGCAGUCUGACUCAGCCCUGGCCCAAGACCUCUGUCAGAUGAGCGUAAGCGGGCAGGGAGGCCCGACUUCCAGUGAAGAAAAGAAACCUCCGAAUGUGACCAAAUCUGGUGGCGGUCUGACCUCCGUGGCCCGCCUCAUAAAGCUGGGUCGCUGUAAGAACGUAGUGGUGGUGACCGGAGCUGGAAUCAGCACCGCCAGCGGAAUUCCCGAUUUCAGAACUCCAGGGACGGGCCUUUACGCCAACUUGGAGGCAUACAACGUCCCCUACCCUGAAGCCAUUUUCAACGUGGACUACUUCUCCAACGACCCGCAGCCUUUCUUCUCCUUAGCCAAGGUGCUCUAUCCCGGCAGCCACAGACCCAAUUACAUCCACUACUUCAUCCGCAUGCUGCACCACAAAGGCCUGCUUCUCCGCUUGUACACGCAGAACAUCGACGGCCUGGAGAAACUGUGUGGUAUCCCAGAUGAGAAACUGGUAGAAGCUCAUGGCAGUUUUGCCACCGCUUCCUGUCACCUGUGCUACACAUCGUAUCCGGCAGAGGAAGCAAAGCGAGCCAUCAUGAACGGCGACAUCCCCACGUGCACGUUCUGCGCCGCCACGGUCAAGCCGGACGUGGUGUUCUUCGGCGAGGACCUUCCUCACAAGUACUUCCUCCACACCAAAGACUUCCCCAAAGCCGACCUGCUCGUCAUCAUGGGGACCUCGCUACAGAUCGAGCCAUUUGCCAGCUUGGUAAACACGGUGCGCUCCACGGUGCCGCGCCUCCUCCUCAAUCGUCACGCCGUGGGCCCGUUCCUGAGGGUCCCAAUGCGCAGAGGGGACCACAUGGAACUGGGUGACCUGGAGAACACGGUGCGGAGGUUUGCCGAAAUGUUGGGCUGGAACGACGACAUGGUGGAGCUGAUGAAGAGUCACGAACAAGAGCAGCGCGUCCAAACAUUGGUCAGUGGCAGAAGCGAAACCGCUGGCAGCGACUGCGAGGAGUCGGACUCCGAAACGGACAGCAAGUGCUCGGCCUCCUCCUGCCCGAGAAACUGAGGGCGGGAAGCUUGGACACAAACAUACGGUUAUUCUUGACGGACGCUCUGUUUGCAAUAUACGUCGGAUGUACAAAUCACAAAAUGUGACCAAAAUCCAGUCAACAUUUUAACACAGUAUAAAGACUAUUUUAAGCAAUAUUUAAUAAAGCCUGUUGAGCAAUAAGCCCAAACUGACAACUUGUAUUUUUUUUAUUUUUUAUUAUUAAACCUGGUUUUGUUUCAGUGAACUUUUACUAGAUAAAUAAAUAAAGUGAGGUUUACAUCAUGUAAAAGUGUGCAAAAAGAACACAUUCUCCUCAGGAAAAGAAAAAAGAAAAAGAACAUACCAAAUUGAGGUGUUUGACAAUCAAUAUAAAUUGAAAACAUGUAUGGGGGUGGUUCA